GUGAGCUCCUCAGAGUGCUGCGUGGGGUAUACUUAGAGUCUGGUCUAUUGAAGGCACGCUAACCAGGCCCCUAAGGCAUUUUAAGUAGUGCAUUCCCACAUUUGGCUAGGAAUGUGGGUCCUCCUCCGAGGUGGGAACCCCCUCCGUAUCUUCCUACCCCAGCGUGGGGAGUGGAUGGGUCGGAGGGGCCUUCCCCGAGGCUUGGCCCCAGGGCCUCCUCGCAGACGGUACAGGAAGAAGGCUCUCCCAGCGUUGGAGAUACCAGUGUUGCCUGUAACUGUAACCGAAAUCCGCCAGUAUUUGCGGGGGCGUGGGAUCCCCUUCCAGAAUGGCCACAGUUGCCUGCGGACACCGAGCCCCUUUGUAGAGUCUUCGCAGCUCAAAGACCAGACUGCUGUUACCACUUCUUUCAGCCUCUACAUUGACAAGACCACAGGCCGCUUUCUCUGCAUGACCAGCCUAGCAGAGGGGAGCUGGGAAGACUUCCAGGCUAGCGUGGAGGGGGGAGGGGAUGGAGCCAGUGAGGGGCUUCUGCUUAGUAAGGCUCCAGAAGUUGAGGACAGUGAGGAGGUCCGGAGGAUCUGGAACCGAGCAGUACCUCUCUCGGAGCUGCCUGAUCCGGAGGAGGUUCAGCUGGCUUACACAAUGUUUGGCCUUACCAACAUUACAGAUGACACACUCAAGCGUUUCAGUGUGCGAUAUCUGCGACCUGCCCGCAGUCUUGUCUUCCCUUGGUUCUCCCCUGGCUCAGGAUUACGAGGCCUGAAGCUACUGCAGGCUAAAUGCCAGGGGGAUGGAGUGAGCUACGAGGAAACCACCAUUCCCCAGCCCAGUGCCUACCACAAUCUGUUUGGAUUACCACUGAUUAGUCGUCGAGAUGCUGAGGUGGUUCUGACGAGUCGUGAGCUUGACAGCCUGGCCUUGAACCAGUCCACGGGGCUGCCUACCCUUACUCUACCCCAAGGAACAAGCUGCUUACCCCCCGCCUUACUCCCUUACCUGGAACAGUUCCGGCGGAUUGUAUUCUGGUUAGGGGAUGACCUUCGGUCCUGGGAAGCGGCCAAGUUGUUUGCACGAAAACUGAACCCCAAACGAUGCUCCUUGGUUCGGCCAGGUGAUCAGCAGCCUCGUCCCCUGGAGGCCCUGAACAGAGGCUUAAAUCUUUCUCGUAUUCUUCGCACCGCCCUGCCUGCCUGGCACAAGUCUAUUGUGUCUUUCCGGCAGCUUCGGGAGGAGGUGCUAGGAGAACUGUCAAAUGUGGAGCAAGCAGCUGGCCUCCCUUGGAGCCGCUUCCCAGACCUCAAUCGUAUCUUGAAGGGACAUCGAAAGGGCGAGCUGACGGUCUUCACAGGGCCAACAGGCAGUGGAAAGACAACAUUCAUCAGUGAGUAUGCCCUGGAUUUGUGUUCCCAGGGGGUGAACACACUGUGGGGUAGCUUCGAGAUCAGCAAUGUGAGACUAGCCCGGGUCAUGCUGACACAGUUUGCAGAGAGGCGGCUGGAAGAUCAACUGGACAAAUAUGAUCACUGGGCCGACCGCUUUGAGGACCUGCCCCUCUAUUUCAUGACUUUCCAUGGGCAGCAGGGCAUCAGGACUGUGGUAGAUACAAUGCAACAUGCGGUCUACGUCUACGACAUUUGUCACGUGGUCAUCGACAACCUGCAGUUCAUGAUGGGUCACGAGCAGCUGUCCACAGACAGGAUUGCAGCUCAAGACUACAUUGUUGGGGUCUUUCGGAAGUUUGCGACAGACAAUAACUGUCAUGUGACGCUGGUCAUUCACCCCCGGAAAGAGGAUGAUGACAAGGAACUGCAGACAGCAUCCAUUUUUGGCUCAGCCAAAGCAAGCCAGGAAGCAGACAACGUUCUGAUCCUGCAGGACAGGAAGCUGGUCACGGGGCCAGGGAAACGGUAUCUGCAGGUGUCCAAGAACCGCUUUGAUGGGGAUGUAGGUAUCUUCCCACUUGAGUUCAACAAGAGCUCCCUCACCUUCUCCACUCCACCAAAGAACAAGACUCGGCUCAAGAAGAUCAAGGAUGAAGCUGGACCAGUGGCCAAAAAGCCCUCUUCUGGCAAAAAGGGGGCUACACCACAGAAAUCUGAGAGUUGCUCAGGCAAGGCCCCCAUUCUUGACCAGCCUGAUACCUCCAAGCCUUCAAAGUGAGGGCGGUGCAGAGCUAGUCACUGAAAUAAGCCUGAUAGGACAGGCAGGCUGGGGCGUAAAACACAGGGCUUCUGUAUCCUGUGAUCAUGAGCUGUGUGUCUGAGGGGCCUAACCUAGGGCAGACUUCCGAAGUGAGAAAAUUCAACGUAGCAGACUACUUAGAAACCACUGUGUGCCGGGCUUUGUUCAAGGUCCUGUAUAUACAGCACUGAAAAGAGAGAUAAGGUCUCUGCUCCCAUGCAUUCUAGUGGAAGAGACAAGCAAGCAACGAGCAAAUAAGCAGAAAACCUAGUUUUAGUUCAUGAAAAAUGUUGUAAAGAAAAUAGAAAUGCGGGCUGGGUGCAGUGGCUCGCACCUGUAAUCCCAGCACUUUGGGCGGGCAGAUCGCGAGGUCAGGAUUUCGAGACCAGCUUGAUCAACAUGGUGAAACCCCAUCUCUACUAAAGAUACAAAAAUUAGUUGGGUCUGGUUUCGCGCACCUGUAAUCCCAGCUACUCAGGAGGCUGAGGCGGGAGAAUCACUUGAGCCCAGGAGGUGGAGGUUGUGGUGAGCUGAGAUCACGCCACUGCACUCCAGCCUGGGCAGCAGAGCAAGACUCUGUCUCCAGAAAAAAAAAAAAAAGGAAAAGAAAAUAGAAAUUCGAUAGCAUGCUGGCAGGGUAUUGUGGAUAAGUGGUCUGAAAAGGUGUCUCUGAGCUGAGGGCAUGUGAGCUGGGGCCUAAACAACUAGAAGGAGAGAGCCACAUGAACAUCCAGAGAAGGGGAUCCAGGAGAGGGAAAGGAAAUAGCAAGCGCUGAGGUAGGAAUGAGCAGGUCAGAACCCAGGCAGUGAGGUCAGGCCCCCUGAAUCUGGGAGGCAUAGGCGACUUCAUGCAAAAACCCCAGCCCAGGCUUUAAGAGCCUAAGGGUAAUAUGGUGGGUCCCAAGCCCCUCUGCUCCCCACUUUGUAGAGCCUGGCACGAGGUAGCAAUGACUAGAAUCGGAUUCUAGGUGCUUAGCCUGCAAUAUCAGGGCUUCAUGGGGUGGUGGGGAGGAGCUGCCACCCGCUGGGUUGCUUGGCCAUAGAGCCGUAGAAGGAAGCUGUCAGCCCACAGUGCCUGCCACCUACAUACUGAUGCCAUUGUGUGCUGCCUCAGACACCUGGAGUUAGGACGUUUUGUAGAGCCUUUUCCAGUUUUACUAAAAUAUUUUUUCAUUG